AUGGAGAAAAUAGUUGUUAAAAGAGAUCCUGAAGAACUAGUUGACGAUUACGGUGAUAUUUGGAUGAAUUACGUUAAACCAAUACAGACCUCUGCUGACCAAGAAAUGCCUUCAGCCUCUGGAAUGGCAAUAAAACAAGAAAUCAAAGAAGAAUCGGAUGAUGAUAAAAAAUACAUCCUAACUUUGCCACAAAGAUAUUUAGACUUACCUGCCCAUUGUUUUGGAUCUAAAAUCAAUGAUAGUGAUGAAGAAGCUACCAAUUAUGAUGAUCAAAGAAAAGAUUUCUCUUGCAAUAUUAAGGAAGAAAGGGACAGUGACUUUUCUGAAGAUGAUAAAAAUUCCUCACACAAUGGAGAUAAUGAAGAAAAAUAUGAGGAUGAAGCCAUGUUUGAGACAAAAAUCGAAGUGGAAUAUAAUGGGGUUCAAUAUGAUGAACCAGGGACUGACAGUGAAGUUGUAAAUAAAGAAAUACUAGGGAAAAUGGUUUUCCCAGAAGCCAGAAAAGAUACUCAAAGUGAUGCAAUCAAUUCAUUGGAACUGCUGUCAGCAUCAGAAACUGAUAAACCUGAAGAACAUGACAAAAAUCCGCAAAUCCAGGCAAAUGAUGGCGAAAAAUAUGAUGUUGCAAUCCAGGACAAAAUAACUGCCGUACGUGAGCGAAUUGAUGCUCGUAAACAACUAUUGGCAAAAAACAGCAAAUCGACUAUUUUAUCAAACAAAGAAAACAAUUUAAAACGUAAGAAAGACUCCGAGCUCCCAAAAAAUAAACGUAAGCCUGAACUUGUGACACCGGAAAAUCUAGACGUCCAGGACAAAAUAAAAGAAAUGGAAGAAACGAACUCAAGACUCCAAAUUGAAGUGGAUUUAUUAAAAGAAACUUUGAAGCAACAAAACGAGAAAGAUGCUAAUUAUAGAGAAAUUAUAAAUAAAAUGGAGCACCAAUUAGCAAAGCGAGACCAACUAAUUAACGAUUUAAAUCAGGAAAAUGAAAACAGUUUGAAAAAAAUUACGCAGUUACAAGAAAAACAAUCGUCUUCAAGUAGACAGGAGAAUUUUUCAGUCAGCUCUUUUGUCAUUAGAAAAAAUACCAAAGAUUCAGUUGGAUUCGUAGAUGAAAAUGACUAUAUAUACCUGGGUAACUUCCGGUGGUUGCCAAACCGAAUAUACGAAAUGGCAUCUCACGGAUUCCCGACCCCGUCAGUGUUUGUAUAUAAUAUGUCCGUGGCUGUUUUUGGCAUUAAAGGGUUAAUGACAUCCACCGUUAGUGGAAAAAGGAGUAACGCCCGAAAAAAUAAAGAAGAUGAUGAACAUGAAUUUAAAAAAUUCGACCCGGAUGACAUUUUGGCGAUAAAGAGCAUAUUUCAAUACUUUUUGGAAAAUAAUUUUGUUUUGACGGCUGCAGAAAUUGACAAUUUCGUCGAAAAGACGAAAAAUUAUAUAACCCGAAAGGGUUCAUCUAUAAAAAUAGAUUCCAGAAAACCCAAAAGGACCUUGGAGCCCAAGAAAACAGUACCUAAAGCUCAAAAGCAGGGUGAAAAAGACGCCAUAAUAGCCGAGAUAGACAUAAACAAUUGCACUCAAAAAGAAAUAAACGACUUCAGUGCACAGGUGACGUUACUUUGCGAUGAAGAAAGUUCCGAGGAGCAGUGUUUAAAAUCAAGAGUUGACGAAAAAAAGUUUUUUAACUGUGACCUUUGCCCUAAGAAAUAUCACACGCAGAGGAGUCUACUUCAACAUAAAAAGUUUUUCCAUAAUAAAGACAAACAGGAACAUUUUAAAUGUGGAAAAUGCCAUUACGUAACAGUUAUAAAGGAUGAUUUUAAAAAACAUGUGGAUGUUCACGAGAAAAAAAACUUCCUAAAAUGCCAUUUUUGUAAGUAUGUGGCUGCCAGAACAAGGAGUUUAAACGCUCACAUCCUAAGCAAACAUAAACUAGAGAAUGAGGGAGAAAAUAAAAUAAAAAUUACAAGUAAAAUACAUGCAUGUACUAACUGUCCAUAUUCAACCGUUAUUAAAAGGAACUUUGAUGAGCAUGUAAAAGUUUGUUUGAAAUUAAAACUUGUCAAAAAGUAUAAUUGUGACAUUUGCCAGUACAGGACUAUUAGACAUUCCGAUUUACUUAGGCAUUUAAAAACUCAUUAUAAUAUUAAAGAAUUAAAAUGUUUAUUUUGUUCACAUCAAAGUAGUAGAAAACUUAAUUUAGACAACCACAUUUUAACCAAACAUUCGAAUUUGUUAAACGAAUCCAAUAUGAACUUUAUAACCUCCAAAGUACACUGUUGCCAAUGUUGUAUUUAUAAAACUACCAAUACGGGUGAUUUAAAAAAACAUUUAAAUUCCAGUCAUUGA